AGCCGGAGUCUGGUUCUGCCCACGGAGAACCGCCCCCCCAACAGACUGGAGGAGAAGAAAGAGGAGACGCAGACAGACAAGGAGGAGAAAAAGGAGGAGAUAAAGGAGGAGAAAAAGGAUAAAAAGGAGGAGAUAAAGGAUAAAAAGGAGGAGAUAAAGGAGGAGAAAAAGGAUAAAAAGGAGGAGAUAAAGGAGGAGCUGCAGCAGGACCAGGGUCCAGCUCAGAUGAACCUCCUGACGUCAGUGUUUCGACUUCAGAGAGACCUGCACCGGGCCGAGGAGCAGAGAACCCGGAGCGUGGAGGAGAAGGAGGAGUUAGAGCUGCUGUGUGCUCAGCUGAAGGGAGACGCCCGGAUGUACCGCCAACGAAACAAACAAACCCUCCGACAGCUGGAGGAGGUGAUCAGAGAGAGAGACAAGGCUCUGGCGGCGCGGGCGGAGCAGCAGGAGGAGGCGCGGCUGCUCCUGCAGGAGAAGGACCAGUACCGGGAGGCGGUCCGGCAGCUCACGGAGCAAUCUGAUAGGCUGGAGCUGCUGCUGCUCAGCUCGCAGGGGGCGGAGCUACAGCUGAGGACACGCCUCCGCAGACUCACCUGCAACACACACCAGGGUGAGAGGAGCAGCGAGGAAGAGGAGGAGCCUCCAGAGAGCACUGCUAAAGGCAGCAGCGGGACGUCGGGGGACAACGAGGCGGCGCUGCAGCAACACGAGUCUCCUGGAGGAGGCGCCGCACAGCCUGAACACCAGCCCAGCACUGAUGCAUCAUGGGACGAGAAGACAGACGGCUGUCUGUCCUCCAGGAGUCGACCUAACUUCUUCUACCGCAGGAAGCGUGCUCUCAGGUCAAAGUUUACCUGUAGGGCCUUCAACUCCGGUAACCACGACGACAGCAGCGGCAGUGACAUCACCGACGACUCUGACUGAAGACACGCUGCCUUCACAAUAAGAGUCUGAAAGCCAGUUUGUGACUGAAGACACAGGGCCUUCACAAUAAGAGUCUGAAAGCCAGU